AACGCGUUCACAUGGCAUCGACCACCUCCAUUGUGUACGGAUCAGGAACUACGAGCCGCGUUGCUCGCUCGCAGCCGGAUACAGACUCCUCGUGGUCCGGAUGAUCUGUCCUCACCCAGUGGCUAUUGUCGAACCGAAUCGUAUCAGGCUAUCAAAAUUGCUUGGGCCAUGCUCGGUACAGCCAGUCCGCAAUUAGCUCAACUGGCUUCGCGAAUGCAUUUGUCCAAUCAGGAAUUCAAUGCUUUGGUAAACGAGGUACGUUAUACAGUGUAUUUGAUUAGCUGA